AUGGCCAGUACACGAAGAGUUUGGGUUAAGCGACUGAAUGGGACAGCUGCAACCCUCGUCCCUGUACAUGCCGAGGAUCUUGUCGACGAUUUGAAGGAUACUAUCCUUCGGAAAUACGCCAAUGCUCUUGGUCGGUUCUAUGAUUCUCCUGAUUUGACGAUUCGUGGAGCUCCGAGGGCGUCUCCUGCAGAAGAGCGUAUCUUGCGGCCAGACGACUCGUUAGUACGAAUCCUGGACGAAUGGUAUCCCGGCGGUCAGGCAUUGGAGGAAGCAUUCGUUAUUGAUGUGCCAGCUAUUCCAAUGCGCUCGAGUCGCAGUGGUACGUCGCCGAUGUAUAUGCCAUCCAACUUGGCAGCGGAAGCAUCCUACGAGUACUUUCCUAUGAUAAGCGAAAAUUCACGGACUGGGUCACAUCAUACAUCGUCAACAGCAUCACCGACCACAGGCCAACUCCAGACUCCUUUGGCCCAUGGAAUUUCGACGCCUAUGCAAUCUCAUGGCAUGCUCACGCCCUCAGUUCAUCCCAUGAGCAGCAGACCUCGUCUACGAUCACGCUUAACCUCAAAUAACUCGACAGGAUCGGGUAUUAUGCUUAUGCCGCGGAGUGGACGGAGACUGUCAGGAUCUGGAGCCGGUAUACAUUUAAGUACACCACCUCACUCGAAUCAGAACUCCCCGCUUACGACAACCCAGGAGGUUCCUUCACCGCCGGAGAUUCCGCCUCCGGCUCAGCCUAAUGCUGUGCCGAAUGCUGUGGCAUCGAUACAAGCUGGAGCACAUCCUUUGCCGCAUCGGAGUUCUGGGUUGCCUGUGACUGUGCCUGUGCCGCCGAUGGCUUCGCCGGGGUCGAUUAUUCCGCCUACGUUGCCAACUAUGAGUGGAGUUCAGCCUGUGUCACCAUCGUCGAACCCGACUGCUCCUGCCAGUGCUGCUUCAAUCGCAAGGCGUCGAACAGUUACAUCGUCAGCGGACGCUCCUUCACGACCGGGGGUAGCGGGUCGGAAGUCCGAUCUUGCGAACAAUGCGGCUGCUCCUGGUGGAUUCGGCGGGUUGCUCGAGGGAGUCGUGCCACCGAUCAAUGUUUUGAUCGUUGAAGACAAUAUUGUCAACCAGAAGAUUUUGGAAGGAUUCAUGAGGAAAAGAAAGAUUAAGUGCCAGGUUGCUAUGAACGGACGAGAGGCCGUAGAUAAGUGGAAACAGGGUGGUUUUCAUCUGGUUCUGAUGGAUAUUCAACUUCCCAUCAUGUCCGGUAUUGAAGCAACGAAAGAAAUCCGACGUCUGGAACGAUUAAACUCGAUCGGUGUUUUCUCUACACCUACAACGCCUAAUGACAACAUGCCUUCAGCAAAUGACGUCCUUCCAGAAGGCUCAUCGUUCCGCAGUCCGGUCAUCAUCGUCGCUUUAACGGCCAGCAGUUUGCAGAGUGAUAGGCAUGAGGCGUUGGCUGCGGGGUGUAAUGAUUUCUUGACCAAGCCAGUUAGUUUGGUUUGGCUGGAAAGGAAGAUUACGGAGUGGGGUUGUAUGCAAGCACUUAUCGACUUCGAGGGUUGGAAGCGGUGGAAGGACAAGGAUCGCGCUUCUCCAGUACCAGCAAAGAAGGAUUUUGCAUCCGCGAGGCCAAGAUCGAUCAAACCCGUCAAGGCCGAGCCUAAGGCGAAUGGAACACCGGCAGCCGCGCCAGCUCCAGCUCCGCCAUCGACGUCGAAGAAGUCGAAGGCAGAUGAACCACCACCUGGCGUGGUGAUAACUCCCCCAUCAGCGGGGGCUGGGGCAACUACUACGGUAGAACAACGAGAAGCGGUACAGAAGUUGACGGAAGAGGCGGAUAAUAGGAUUGCGGAGAAAUUGAAGAUACCGGAUGCUGUCGCCGACAACUCGGAUUCGCAGACCUCGACGGGUUAG